CCCGAGGCUUGCAGCUCUGGCAAGUCCAAACACUUUGGACCAAUUUACAGCCAUACAAUCCAGGCUCUGACAGAGGCCCGGGUUGCUAGGGCCCGAUUCCCGAAUGUUCCAGUUUCCAUGGUGACCGCAGCCUCAACAUCGCACCUACUCGCACUCAAUUGGUUUGGCGUCAGACAUCAGGACUAAGCGCGUCCUCUGAUUGGCUAAGGUGCCUGUCGAUCACAUAUUGACCCAAGGGAGGCACUACUUCUGAGUAAGCGGCCAGGGCCUGCAGCGUGUGGCUGAGGGAACAGCAUUAACACACAGACACGAUGGGGGAUUCAUCCGGGGAGGAUCGCUUCGAUGGUAUUCUACUGGCGAUGGCCCAGCAACACGAAGGGGGUGUUCAUCAGCUCGUGGAUACGUUCUUCAGUUUUCUGAGGAGGAAAACUGACUUCUUCACUGGUGGAGAGCAGGGAGCAGCUAACAAAUUGGUCACAGAGACAUUUAAACGCCACCAAAAGUUAGCAAUACAGGUUCAGAUGGAGAAGGAGGUGAAAAAGGAAGCAGAAAGAAAAGAUAAAUUGGAACAGGCAAAGCUUGCUGAGGAGAAGGAGAAAUCUGAGCCGGAAUCGAAGCAGCCGAAAAUCAAAGAGCUGACGGAUGAGGAGGCAGAGAAAUUGCAGAAGGAGAUUGACCAGAAAAAGGAGUGCAAGAAACAGGAAAAUGAUGGGGAUGGAAUCACUGCCAAUGGGGAAAAGAACUCAGAAAAGCCAGAAACAAAACAGGCAGAGUCUGAGUCCGAUGGUGAAGAGGAUGAAAAGGAUAAAGGGAAACUGAAGCCCAAUGCUGGAAAUGGUGCCGACCUGCCAAACUAUCGGUGGACCCAGACCCUCUCUGAGGUGGAUCUCCUAGUUCCAUUCCAAGUCAACUUUAGAUUGAAGAGUCGGGACCUCGUUGUGGAGAUCCAAAGACGUCAUUUGAAAGUGGGUCUGAAAGGCCACCCUCCCGUGAUCGAUGCUGAGAUGUUCAAUGAUGUGAAGGUAGAGGAAAGCUCAUGGCUGCUGGAGGACGGAAAAAGCAUUAAUGUACAUCUGGAGAAGAUCAACAAAAUGGAAUGGUGGAACAAAGUCGUGACAACAGAUCCUGAGCUUAAUACCAAAAAAAUUAACCCUGAGAAUUCAAAAUUAUCAGACUUGGAUGGUGAGACACGGAGCAUGGUAGAGAAGAUGAUGUAUGAUCAACGGCAGAAAGCCAUGGGACUUCCCACUUCAGAGGAACAGAAAAAACAAGACAUACUGAAAAAGUUCAUGGAGCAACACCCAGAGAUGGACUUCUCAAAGGCCAAGUUCAGUUAAAAAAAAAAUGUGCGUCUUCCCUGGAGCUGAAGGGGAUAAUCGGACUGUUGGAAGAUUUUCUGCAGGAAGGACUCCCUUUGAGCACCGCCUCGUGCUGUGCAACCUAGUUUCUGAACUCAUACAACAUUCAGGUUAUUCAUUGUGCAGAGAGCAAUUGUGUACCUGGCACCUGCUGCGCAGUUACUAAGCUGACAUCCAGCUGCCCAUUAACCAUAUCAUUGCAUUUUCUGGCUGAUCUCACGUGACAACCUGACCACCUUUUGGUGUUGCCAGUUUCCCAGACUCGCUUUGAACAGAAUAACUUUUUAACUACUUUUGACUGUUUCUUCUGGUGAUUGCCAGAUCACUGAGGGAGAUGUGAAAUGUGUGUUGCUACCAUCACAUUCACCAUUGUCUCUACAGGGCAAUUCUGAUAAUCUCUCUGUACAUAUAUGUUUGGGGCCCUUAUGUAAUUUUCAGUGUGAGAAUUUAAUCAGCAUCAUGCUAAAGACAUUAUAUGAAGGUCCCACCCAGAACUUGCUCGAUGGUUCUUUAUUUCCUCUUGCUACCCACUGGGUUCACAUUGGUCCUCUGUGUGUCAGUAACUUAUUUUGACCAACAUGUUAUGCAAAUGAACCAUAUUAGAAACUCCCCCUUUCACUCCACACUGAAGCUUUCAGUGAGUGCUAUGCAAAACCAUACCUGCUGAUUAAUGGAUAUAGGGUGAGCUUGUGUUUCACUGUGUUUCUUGCUGGUUACUUUGUAUACACUGUUGCCUAAUCAUGUCCAUAUCGGCACAUGUGCUGCUUCCAGAUGGGCUACUUUGUGUUCAGUAUCGAAGUUGUCUGGUUGACUGAACUGUCAUGCAGUGCCAGGUGAAGGCCAAUGUGUUGUAAAUAUCAGGAUCAUUGCUCUCCAUUUCCUUGUCUCUGUUUCCAGGUCAGUAACAGGGUGGCUAGAUAAAUCAGUGAGCACAGCGCUGGCCCUCAUGGAGCGUGGUUUAUGUUUAUUUUUAAUUUGUUUGCAUUUAUGCACUUGAACAUGAUGUUGGAAUUCAUUUCUCAAUAAAGUCCAGCCACUA